AUGGCGUCCAACUCUCAAAUUCAGAAAGCAAAACAACCCUGGUGGGAUGACGGAAGCGAGAAGCACUUCGUCCCGCUGGCUCCCGCCGUCCCUAUAGACCCAAGCGUCAAUACCUGGUCCCGCUUCGGUCCAACAUUUGAAGCCUACGAAUACUCGGGCUGGAUCGACGAGAGCGUCUCCUGGAAGACGGACUGCUACAUUGGCGACUGGUCGCCGCUUCUCAAAGCCCGCGUCACCGGUCCAGAGGCGCAAGCCUUUUUCGAAUAUAUCUCAACCAACCGUUGGGCCAACUUCAAGCCCGGGCAAGCGAAGCAUGCCAUCUUCUGCCAGGAUAAUGGAUGCGUUGUUGGCGAGGGCCUAGUCUUGAUGCUUGGAAAGGACGAUUUCCUGUUCACUAGCGGUCCCGGGACGGUUUGGCUUGUGUACCAGUUUCAACAGGGCAGAAAGAAGUUUGAUGCCACCUUGCAGCUGGUCACUGAUGACUGGUUUCUUCUUCAAAUUCAGGGUCCCCGGAGCGUUCAGCUUCUGGAUGAGGUGACGGACAAGGGCGUCCGGGAUAUCAAGUUCAUGCAUUAUAAGGAGCUCUCGAUCGAGGGCAGUAAGUUCCUUUGUCUGAGGCAAGGUGUAUCCGGCGAACUAGGCUUCGAGCUUUGGGGCUCGACGGAGGAUGCCAAAAAAGUCUACGGUUCUAUCGUGGACGCUGGCAAGAAGCACAAUAUCCGGCAAUUGGGUGCUCGCGCAAAAAUGGUUGAAGCCGCCUUUGCGACCCCGGCCGCAGACUUCAUUCCAGCCGUACACGCGCCCGCAGAUGACAAGGAACUUCUUCAGUUCCGACAAUUCGCGCGAGACAUUGGCUUCGACUUUGACCACUAUCUCUCCAAAGCUAGCGGCAGCCAUGGCGCAAACCCCAUCUCCUACCACUUCACGCCAUUCGACCUGAACUGGGGCUGGCUCAUCAACUUUGAGCACGACUUCAUCGGGCGUGACGCUCUUCUCAAGCUCAAGGAUAGUCCGCCAAAUCAGCUUGUGACGCUAGUUUGGAACGAGGAAGAUGUGACUGACGUUUUUGCGUCCCUCUUUCGACCGGAACCCUUUGAGUACAUGGAAAUGCCUCGCAAUUUGCUUGGCAACGUUGUUGGUAGUACAGUCUUACAUGGAGGCAAGACGAUCGGUUGCGCUGUUUCUCGGUGCUAUAGUUACUGGUUCAAGGAAAUGGUGUCACUAGGGAUUAUUGACAAAGAACAUGCCGCUCCAGGGACGGCUGUUGAAGUGAAAUGGGGAUCUGAAGGAUCUCCCGUGAAACUUAUCAGGGCGACUGUACAGCCUGCGCCGUACAAAGAGGACAAGAGACGGCACUCAAUUCAGAAGUAG